AUGUUGAUUAACAAUUCUUCAGAUGAGUCUCACUCUCUUCUCGUUAGGGGUGGCUUUCUACGCCAGGCACAUUCGGGAGUCUUCCAUCUUCUACCCCUAGGUUUACGCGUUCAAAACAAGCUUGAAUCGCUAAUCGACAAGCACAUGAGCUCGAUUGGUGCUUCGAAACUUUCGCUCUCCUCAAUUACUACGGAAUCGUUAUGGCGGCAGUCUGGUCGCUACUCCGCGAACUCGGAACUCCUGCGCAUCAAAGAUAGGAGAGAAUCUGGCUUUCUAUUAUCGCCAACUCAUGAGGAAGAAAUCACAGCACUGGUAGCUAGUAUGGUACAUUCGUACAAGGAUCUGCCACAGAGGUUAUAUCAGAUCGGACGAAAGUAUCGCGAUGAACGAAGACCAAGACAAGGACUGUUACGGGCUAAAGAGUUCAUGAUGAAAGACCUUUACACAUUUGAUCACUCAACGGAAGCAGCGCUCAAGACUUACGAAGAAGUACGGGGAGCGUACAACAAUCUGUUCAACGAGCUCAGACUGCCGUGCCUAGUUGCCGAUGCCGAUUCUGGUAACAUGGGAGGCAAGCUGAGCCACGAGUAUCAUUUUGUAUCUCCGAAGGGUGAGGACAAUGUGUGGUCUUGCAACUCAUGCGACUACGUCGCCAACGAAGAGCUUGUGGAAAAGAGCAGCCAAUCUGUAGCGUCAGGUACCGACAGCUGGUUGACGUACACAGGUAUAAGCGUCGAUAAAAAGACAAAGAUCAAUGUGUGGAUACCACGUCCAUCUGAGAGUGAGAUAGAUCUGAAACAGAGACAUGAGCACGUCAAUCUUCACGCUAUCAAGAAAGCACUUCCAGAGGAAAUCGAGCUGGACACCGGCAUCGAAGCCUCAUCGCUCUCUACUUUGCUCCAAAAGAGCACAAAUACCGUCGACCUCUUCGACCCCUCCCUUACCUUCGACAAGAACGACGGCUCUCUCUCAAACCCUCUGUCUUCCAAACUACAUCUCACGCCCGUCGAAAUCGGCGAUCCAUGUCCUCGCUGUUCCAAUGGCAAACUCGACGUGCAAAAAGCCAUCGAAGUAGGCCACACCUUCCACCUCGGUACCCGCUACAGCAAACCCCUCAACGCGGUCGUUGCGCUACCAGAUCAGAAUCUCUCUUCUCCAAUACAAAUGGGCUGCCAUGGCAUCGGCGUGUCGCGCAUUAUCGGAGCCGUCGCAUCACUUCUCUCAGAUGCCAAAGGCCUAAAUUGGCCGAGAGCGAUAGCUCCUUAUGAAGCUAUCAUCCUCACAUCUCCAAAGGUCGAUGAGAGCGACGCGUCAGAGGUGUAUGACGCGAUUUGUGGUGAAGGUCGGUAUGGAGAUGUGGAUCUUGUGUUGGAUGAUCGAGCAGCAAAGAGCUUAGGGUGGAAAUUGAAGGAUGCGGAACUCAUUGGAUACCCGGUCGUCGUCGUACUGGGCAGAAAUUGGCAAGACAGGAGAGAAGUAGAGGUUCAGUGCAGGAGAUUAGAGUUCAGAAAGGAUGUCAGUUUAGGCGAUCUGAGGCAAGAGGUCUUGAGACUGUUGGAUCAGUUGUAG